AUGGAUCAAGUUUUCAGCAAAGCUGGUUCGUUUUGGCUUAAACAAAAAGCCAGCAAUGAGUUUGGCUCUGUCGGAAAGGAUGCCAGUUCAUUGUCAUCGAGCAUUGAAGGAGGCACCAAGUGGUUGGUUAACACGAUCAAAGGAAAGGUCCAAAAACCAUUACCGGAGCUCUUAAAAGAGUAUGAUCUCGCAAUCGGAAUAUUACCCCGUGAUGCAACGAGCUACGAUUUUGACGAGGAGACAAAGAAGCUAAAGGUUUACAUUCCGAAAGUGUGUGAAGUUGGGUACAAGGAUCAAUCCGUGCUGCGUUUCGCAACGGAAGUGAGCGGUUGUAUGGAGAAAGGGAAGUUGUCCGAAAUAGUUGGGAUUAAGACAAAGGUGAUUGUUUGGAUGAAGGUGAGUUGUAUCACCUCCGACAAAACCAACCUCCAUUUCCAAGCCACUGUCAUAAGAUCUAGGAGUAGAGCUGUUUAUGAAGUUGAAAAAGAUGGCGUUGUUUGUGGAAAGUUCUAG